AUGACAACAAUUGUUGAAGAAGAACCAUUAUUUUACAUUGUUAUGUUAUCAAUUGGAUCAUUUUUUGCACUUGGUUCAAUUAUAAUAGCAGUUAUAUUAAUACUUCAACAUUUUAUUCAUUAUAAUAAACCAAAUCACCAAAAGUAUAUUGUUAGAAUUAUUAUGAUCGCACCAAUCUAUGCGAUUCAUAGUUUAUUAUCAUUAUUUUUCAAAAGACAAUUUUGGGCAUUAUUUUUUGAUAUUUCACGUGACUGUUAUGAAGCCUAUGUUUUAUACUGUUUCUUUAAAUUGUUAAUUUGUUUCCUUGGUGGUGAAGAAGCAUUGAAAGAAUUAUUAAGCAAAAAGGAUACACAACCACUAACUUGGCCAUUAGGAUAUUUCUUUAGUUUUACACCAAAAAAGAGUUUCUAUAGAUUAUCACUGGGUUUAGUUUUACAAUAUGCAAUCAUAAAACCAACAUUAGCAAUUGUUGCAGCAAUUUUAUACUAUAAUAAUAAAUAUUUAGAAGGUGAUUUUUCAAUAUCUCAAGGUUAUUUAUGGAUUACUGUUAUAAAUAAUAUUUCAGUAUUAAUUGCACUUUACUUUUUAGUAAUGUUUUAUGAAGUAUUUCAAAAUGAAUUAUCACCACAUAGUCCAAUACUUAAAUUUUUAGUGAUCAAAUCAGUGGUUUUCUUUUUAUUUUGGCAAACUGUUGUUAUCACUGUAUUGAUAUGGUUUGAUGCAUUACCAAAAUCAGAUGUUUAUUCAUCAGAACAUAUUGGUUACUUUAUCAAUGAUUUCUUGGUUUGUAUUGAAAUGUUUAUAACAUCAAUUGCAAUGGGAAUUUGUUUCUCUUAUUCUGAUUAUGUUAUUGAUAAAUCAACACAUGAUGAGAUUUUGGGUAAUGGUAAAAGAAGUAGUAGUAGAGGAAUUGGUAGUAGAAGUGGAAGAAAUAUUAAAAUCUCUUCAAAAAUAAAAAAUAUUAAAAAUAAUUUCAAUAGAUAUAGACAUAAUAUUGGUGAUGGUUUAUCAGAUGUAAAUAAUCCAAAAGAUAUAAUUUUAGAUACAAUAAUGGUUGCAAAGUUAAAUAAAAAUAAUAAUAAUACAAACAAUAAUGAAAUUAAUAAUGGAAUAAUUGAUAAUAAUAAUAGUAAUAAUAUUGAAAAUAAUGGAAAAAGUAGAAAUAAUAUUGAAAAUAAUAUAGAUAGUCAAGAUUAUUUCAACUUUAUAGAUUUAAAUACAAACGAUAAAGAAAAACAAAGUAAAUCAAAAUAUUUUAAGAUUAAAAUGCCAGAUUCUGAUCAAUCAUCUUUAAUAAAUCUUGAUCAGUGUGAAUCACCUUCAAUCUUAUAUGGUUCAUUAAAUGGUGCUUCAAAUAAUAAUAAUAAUAAUAAUAAUAAUAAUAAUAAUAUUAAUAAUAAUAAUAAUAAUAAUAGUAACAAUAGUAAUAAUAAUAGUAAUAGUCAAUUUGAAAGUAUAGAUAUAAAUAGCAAUAGUGUUAACUCAAACAAAAAUCAAAGUGAUGCUAUAUUAUUUACUUUUUAA